AUGCCCAUCGUCAGCGUUGGGCGUGACAAGCUAUUCGAGGCUCUCGGCAAGAGAUACACUGAUGAUGAGUUCCAGGCGCUCUGCUUCGAGUAUGGUAUCGAGCUCGACGAUGUUACCUCAGAGCAGGAAAUGCAUAAGAAGGAGCUCGGGAAUAAGGGGGCGAGCAAGAAGGACAUUGAGGGCCUGAGCGAGGAGAUCCUGUACAAAGUCGACAUCCCCGCCAACCGCUACGACAUGCUCUGCUUGGAGGGCAUUGCUCGAGCCCUCAACAUCUUCAAUGGCCGCAUCCCCAGAGUCGACUACAGGCUGGCCAACAUGGCAGGCAAGCAGAUGCAGCGGCUGGUGGUGAAGCCAGAGACGGCGCUGGUGCGUCCGUUUGUGGUCGCGGCCAUACUGCGGGGGAUAAAGUUUGACGAGCUGCGUUACAACUCCUUCAUAGACCUCCAGGACAAGCUGCACCAGAACCUGUGCCGACAGCGCUCCCUUGUCGCCAUUGGCACCCACGACCUCGCCACUGUGCAGGGGCCGUUCACAUUUGAGGCGCUGUCGCCCGCAGACAUCAGCUUUAGGCCGCUGAAGCAGACCAGGGAGUUCAACGCCAGAGAAUUGCUUCAGCAUUACCUGGAUAAUGAUUUGAAGCUGCGGAAGUUCGUGCCGAUCAUACAGCAGUCGGUGGUCUACCCAGUCAUUCUGGACGCCAACCGCACCGUCCUUUCCCUGCCCCCCAUCAUCAAUGGGGCCCACUCUGCGAUCACCCUGGACACCAGGGAUGUCUUCAUUGAGUGCACGGCCACUGACCUGACCAAGGCCAAGACGGUGCUCAACACAAUGUGCACCAUGUUCUCCGAGUACUGCUCCAACCCCUUCGAGGUGGAGCCUGUGGAGGUUGUCGACGCCUUUGGCCAGUCUCACAUAUUCCCGGACCUGACCAGCAGAGCGAUGGAGGUGGAUGUGGCGUACAUCAAUCGCUGCGUUGGGGUGGAUCUGGGUGCGGCCAAGAUCGCGGAGCUGCUCAGCCGCAUGGCGCUCACUGCAAAGGCGGUUGGGGGCGGGCAGGCGGUCAGUGUGGAGGUGCCCCCCACGCGCAGCGAUGUGCUGCAUGCCUGCGACAUCAUGGAGGACGUUGCGAUCGCGUAUGGGUACAACAACAUAGAGUGGACGGUGCCGUCGACGACCACAAUUGGCGCGGAGCUGCCGCUGAGCGCGCUGCUGGAGCUGCUGCGGGGCGAGUGCGCAAUGGCCGGCUUCACCGAGAUCCUCACCUGGGCGCUCUGCUCGCGCGCAGAGAACUUCGCCAACCUGCUGCGCCCGGACGACGGCGCCUCCGCCGCCUCCAUCGGCAACCCCGCCACCUCCGAGUUCGAAGUCUGCCGCACCAGCCUGCUGCCAGGUGCGCUGAAGACGUUGGGCGCGAACAAGGACACGGCGCUGCCGGUGAAGCUGUUUGAGGCGUCGGACGUGAUCCUGCUGGACGCCGCAGCGGAGACGGGGGCGCGCAAUGAGCGGCGGCUAGUGGCGGUGGCCUGCGCCAAGGAGGGCAGCUUCGAGGUCAUCCACGGUCUCCUGAACCGCGUCAUGGACGUCCUCGGCGUGCCCCUCCUCGGGGAUUUGGGAACUGGAAGGAAUGCGCUGCAGGAGGCGGCAGGCGUGGGCUACGAGUGGCGGCCGUCGCAGGAUUCCACCUUCUUCCCCGGCCGGCAAGCGAGCGUGCUGGCGCAUGGCAAAACCGUCGGCCACUUUGGCGUGGUGCAUCCGGAGGUGCUGGCCGCGUUUGACAUCCCCUACCCGGUCUCUGCGCUGGAAAUCAACGUGGAGCCCUUCCUGUUUGACCAGUUCUACAGGCCCCUGCCCACCCACAUGCAGCCGGCCCCCCAACGAUGACAUGCAUAGCAGCAGGCUGCGGCCUUGGGGUGUGUGCGGGGUGGAUUGAGAGGAUACACAUUGAAGGUUGUGGGGUUGUUCAGAGGGUUGACGGCACCGGUGAAGAUCUUGCAAUCCCUUUCAAUGUCUUGCAAGCGGAGUGAAAUGGCAACAAUUGUGAGAAUUGCGGAAGCAGAUCUGAGACACCGCCACAGAUGAAUAAUCUGCAGGAGUUCACACCUUGCGCAUGCAUGCGCAAGCAAACUUUGAUGGUCGCAAUGCGCUUUACUGUUUUACAGAAGCCUGGGCUGCUCUCAUCUUAAUUGCUUCCCAUUAAUGAUUUCAGACCUCAACAAAAAUGGCGCUGAAGCAAAUUCCCACUCAUGGCAGGGCAUACACAACUGUGACAAUAGGAUGCACGUCCCUCUGCACAAGAGCCCCCUCAUGUGUG